CCCAAGAAGCCAAUGGAAGACUCUGACAGCGAUGAUGAACCUGUGCGCAAGCCAGUGAAGGCAUCACCCAAGACUGCUCCCAAGAAGCCAGUGGAAGACUCUGACAGCGAUGAUGAACCCGUGAAGAUGCCCUCCAAGCGUGAUAGUCGUGAGGAUAGAGAUGAAGAGGAAGAUGAACCCGUGAAAAAGGUAAACCGCUGGGAAAAUGGUGAGGAGAACGGAGGCAAUGGCUUCGGUCAACGCGGUGGGCGUGGCCGUGGAUUCGGUGAUCGUGGCGGCCGUGGGUUCGGCGAUCGUGGCGGUCGUGGAUUCGGUGAUCGUGGCGGUCGUGGAUUCGGUGAUCGUGGUGGCCGUGGAUUCGGUGAUCGUGGUGGUCGUGGAUUCGGUGAUCGUGGUGGCCGUGGAUUCGGUGAUCGUGGUGGUCGUGGAUUCGGUGAUCGUGGUGGCCGUGGAUUCGGUGAUCGUGGCGGUCGUGGUGGUCGUGGAUUCGGAAACCCUGUUGCCAGUCUUGAUAACAACCGGACGAGCACCAAGUUUGAAGAUAGUGAUUAG